CCUCCCCGGCCGGAGCUGGCCCCGCUCAUUCUCUUUAGUGUUUGCCCUGUGCCCGCCGCCUCCCUCCGCCGCCGCGACUCGCCCCCCGGCCCCCCGGGACCCGGCCCAUGGACUGAGCCGCCCGCUGGCCCGCAGCACCAGCCGGCCCGGGAGCCGCAGCCCAGGCAGCCAGGCAUUCUCCAUCAUAAAUACCCUUUUCAGAACUAAAUCCAAAACUUCACCGUCUGGAUCUCCUAAAGGUCAACUAUUUGGCUUCAUCGCAUUGAGUUUGCCUGCGUUCAAAGCUGUUUACCUACAGUAAUUUGCUCUGGUUGGAAGUGAACAUGUCUCAAGUUCAAAUUCAGAAUCCUUCUGCUGCCCUUGCAGGGAACCAAAUAUUAAAUAAGAACCCGUCUCUUUCACAGCCUUUGAGUAUUCCUUCUACUACUAGUUCUUUACCCUCUGAAAAUGCAGGUAGACCUAUCCAAAACUCUGCUUUACCCUCUGCAUCUGUUACAUCCACCAAUGCAGCUGCAGCUCCUUCUAACAUGGCAAACCCCAAAGAGAAAACCCCAAUGUGUCUUGUGAAUGAGUUAGCCCGUUUCAACAAGAUUCAGCCUGAAUAUAAGCUUUUAAGUGAGCAAGGUCCAGCUCAUUCUAAGGUGUUUACAGUGCAGUUGACUCUUGGGGACCAGCACUGGGAAGCUGAAGGAACUAGUAUUAAAAAAGCGCAACAUGCAGCAGCUGCCAAAGCUUUAGAAGGGACAAAAUUCCCUAAACCUACAGCUCGUCCAUCUCGUAGCGAAGGAAAGAAUCCAGACAGUGUAACCCCCACAGUGGAGCUAAAUGCACUUUGCAUGAAGCUGGGAAAGAAACCUAUGUACAAACCUAUUGAUCCUUAUACGGGGAUGAGAUCCACUUACAACUAUACUAUGAGAGGUGGUGCUUAUCCUCCACGGUACUUUUACCCAUUUCCUGUUGGGCCCUUACUUUAUCAAGUUGAGCUUUCAAUUGGAGGGCAGCAGUUUCAUGGGAAAGGAAGAACAAGACAAGCUGCUAAACAUGAUGCAGCUGCUAAAGCACUGAAAGUUCUGCAGAAUGAGCCCUUGCCUGAGAAACCAGAGGUUAACGGAAAAGAACCAGAUGAUGAAAAUCUCAAUAAAUCUGAAAUAAGCCAAGUUUUUGAGAUUGCACUUAAAAGGAACUUGCCUGUGAAUUUUGAGUUUUUCCCUCUGAAACAGGUGACCAAGGAAAGUGGUCCUCCCCAUAUGAAGAGCUUUGUAACCAAGGUGUCAGUUGGAGAGUUCAUGGGUGAAGGUGAAGGAAAGAGCAAGAAGAUCUCUAAGAAAAAUGCUGCAAUAGCAGUCCUAGAAGAACUGAAAAAAUUGCCACCUCUUCCUACAGUUGAAAAAAUGAAACCACGAAUCAAAAAGAAAACAAAAUCAAUAGUGAAGCUGCAAACAAGUCCAGAAUAUGGUCAAGGAAUGAAUCCUAUUAGCAGACUUGCCCAGAUACAGCAGGCCAAGAAAGAAAAGGAACCAGAGUACAUGCUCAUCACAGAACGUGGUCUUCCAAGGCGCAGGGAAUUUGUUAUGCAGGUGAAAGUUGGUGUACACACAGCUGAAGGAAUGGGCACGAACAAAAAAGUCGCUAAACGCAAUGCUGCUGAAAAUAUGUUGGAACUUCUAGGUUUCAAAGUCCCUCAACCUCAACCUCCAAAGCCAGCAUUAAAGACAGAAGAGAAGACACCAGUGAAGAAACCAGGUGAUGGAAGAAAAGUAACCUUCUUUGAGCCAGGCUCUGAAGAGACUUCACCUAGUAAUAAAGAUGAUGAGUUUAGGAUGCCUUAUCUCAGCCAUCAGCAGCUUCCUGCUGGAAUUCUUCCCAUGGUCCCUGAGGUUGCACAAGCUGUAGGAGCCAAUCAAGGACACCACACCAAAGAGUUCAAUAGGGCAGCUCCAAAUCCUGCCAAGGCUACAGUAACAGCAAUGAUUGCUAGAGAGCUAUUGUAUGGUGGUACUUCUCCUACUGCUGAGACCAUAUUAAAAAAUAACAACUCAUCAGGCCACGUACCCCAUGGACCACUUACUAGGCCCUCUGAGCAGCUGGACUAUCUUUCCAAUGUUCAAGGAAUCCAGGUUGAAUACAAAGACUUUCCAAAAAAUAACAAGAAUGAGUUUGUAUCUCUUAUAAACUGUUCCUCUCAGCCACCACUGAUCAGCCAUGGAAUUGGAAAGGAUGUAGAAUCUUGCCAUGAUAUGGCUGCAUUGAACAUUUUAAAGUUGCUGUCUGAGUUGGACCAACAAACCACAGAGAUGCCAAGAACAGGAAAUGGACCAAUGUCUGUAUGUGUGAAACAAGAAAUGGAAAGUGACCCUCUUCUCAAACCGGCUAACUCAAACACUUUGGGACAAACACUGGACAGCACUGCCUAAAAAGGCUUUUGACUGGACCCAAACAUGAAAGCACCAGAGAAAAUCAAAUGCUUCCUAUUAAUGUAACCUAACUGUUUUAGAGUGCUACAGUCUUUACAACCUACUGUAGUGUCUAAAUCAUAACCGUUGCUUUUUCUUCAAACAGUGAUAAAUUUUUAGUUUCAUUAUGUUGUUUUGAUUGAAAUGACACUAUAAAUUUUUCAUUUAAAAGUUUCUUAAUUGUAUCUAGAACCAUAGCACAGUUUAGAAACUUUGUCUUCUGAGACUGACAUGUUAUCUGUGAACUAACUUGGGAAGAUCAUAUCCAUGUAUGUGGUUAUUUUGUUUUUACUGAAAUAGAAAAGUUUCACUAGAAACAAACUGUGUGCCCACCAUUUUAAAAAGUCCAAUAUUUCCACAAACCUAGCUUACUUCUCCAACGGUUGACCGAAUUAAAACACUCUAGGAAUUUUAAACUUUGAUCAUUUUUGGUUAACUUCUAGUUUUCUUGAGCGUGGGUAGGGGAACUUGAAUGCAACAUGAAUUAAAAUGAUCUCUGAUCUAUGUUUUAAGGAUUGUGUGUAUAGCUGGCACACAGCUCACUACAUUACAGGAUAUGAUCUCAAUGUAGUGCAUAUAAAACUGCAGAUUGAUUUUCCUUGAGUGCUUUAUACUGUUUAAUUACAUCUCCAUGUAGGGCUGAAAAAAAUUACCUAUGUUUAUAUAUAAACUGUGUUGCUUUUGAUGUUGUGUUAUUGCGUGCUGAACUGUGCGCAAUAAAGUUUUUUGCAUAUGGUCCAGGUAAAGCACGAUAGCCUUGCAAGUUAAGUACUGCUUCAGUUCAUUGUUUACGCUGGAAUUUUUUCUCCCCAUGGAAUGUAAGUAAAACGUAGUGUUUGUCACCAAUAAAUGGUAAUACUAAA